AUGUCCCCAAUCCCCAUCCGCCUCCUCCACCUCACCACCCCCCGCCGCGCCUUCAGCAUCGCCACCCGCGUCCGCACCCUCGCCCGCUCCUUCGAGCCUCACCCCUUCGAGCGCAUGCCCACGACACAGAAACCCGCGAGGGGCGAUUGGGGGAGGCAGGCUAGACGGGUGGGUGAUAGUGCGAUGUUCUAUUUCCCAUUCAUGGGUCUCGUCCUCUCGUGGCCGGUUAUCGCUGAGCAGUUUCUGGAUGGGAAGAUGAGGUAG